AUGGCAUCCCAGUAUGCCUUUGUCACCCUGCUGACGUCCGACCAUUAUCUUCCAGGUGCACUUACUCUGGCUGCUGCACUCCGGGAUGUCCAUCCUUCCCCCGCAGUUAGUCCCGAAGUUGAAUUCCAAACAGUGUGUUUGGUCACUCCGGAAACAGUCGACGUUUCCACCAUCAAGCUCCUCAGAAAGGCUUUCGACAUUGUGAUUGGUGUUGAACUCAUUGCUCAGGAUGAUGAAGAAGGCCUAAAACUGUUAGGCCGUCCGGAUCUCAACGAAGUGCUCACAAAACUACACGUAUUUCGUUUAACACAAUAUUCGAAAAUCAUAUUUCUGGACGCCGAUGUCCUUCCGGUUCAACCUUUGUCCCACCUGUUUACGAUUCCCCACGAGUUUUCAGCUGCCCCGGAUGUAGGCUGGCCUGAUAUAUUCAACUCUGGUGUUCUAGUACUUUCUCCGGGUGAGGAGAAAUUUUCGGAGCUUCGGGAACUCUUAAAAACGAAAGGAAGUUGGGAUGGUGGGGACCAGGGAAUUCUCAAUGAGUGGAGAGGAGAUAAUUGGAACAGACUUAGCUUCACGUACAACACUACUCCAACGGCAGCUUACACAUAUGCACCUGCUUAUGAACGGUUCGGCAAACAGAUUUCCGCUAUCCAUUUCAUCGGUCCCCACAAACCUUGGAAAUCCAUCCAAUAUCGAGCUCCGUUCCUUUCUCAGCAACCACAACAACCAUCGGAGCCUCAUCAGCGCGCAUAUGACUAUGAUUCGCUGGUCGACAAAUGGUUUAACGUGUAUGACACGCAUUAUCGUGCGGAAGCUAUUGUUCCCGAAACAAAUUUCGAGGUGCAAAGAUAUGUAUCAGCAUGGGAUGAGCAAAUUCAAAAGGGCGCACCUGCCUUAGUUUCCAGCCAACCUGAAGCGCUUGGCCUGGAAGAACUACGACGUCUUGCAAUACAAGGGAUCAAUUCCUCUGUCAAUUCUUCGGAAAAUAGGAUUGGAGAAGGAGAAUAUAAAAGUAUGCCUCUUGAAGGUCGUGUAGAUUUGAUGAGGCCUCAACCGCCUCCCAGAUUACACGAACAGAGAGAAGAUGAAGUGCGGCACUUGUCCAUUGAUACGCAGCCCCAUCAGGCAUCAUCACUUUAUGGUUCUUCUCCUCGGACACCUGGUCCUAACGAAAUUCCUCCCAGCCCUCAUCCUCAGACCAUUUCCCUUCCGCCUACACCCUCAUUAACUGCUAGUGAACAUUACAUACCUCAACCUCACUACGAGAAUCAGAAACAACCGGAACAUCAUGACUACCAGGCACCUUUACCUCAGCAGCACUUUGAGUAUCAACAAUCGUUCCUCCCGCCGUCUCAGGAACAGCCUUCUUCUGAAACUGUGCACAAGUCACCGUCUCAACCUUACAUUCCGCCGACCCUGGAACAGCACUCAGAGCUUCGUCAUCAGACACCACCUCGCCCAUCUUCUCCUCCGAAGCUUCUUUGGAAUCCAGCCGUCGAACCCCCUCCAAACACCGCACCUCCUCCAUCUGCGUUUCCCUCUGACACGUACUUCCAAAAUAUAUGGGAUCAGGCUCCGAGCAAGCAGCAUGAUCGCACUCAUCCGCAUACACAUUAUACGAUAUCACCGACACCGGAUUCUGGGGCAUUUUUCGAGCCUCCGCCUCCCAGUCACAUUCCAGAGCGUAUACAAGACCAUUACAAAAAUGUUAUCGGCGAUGUACAUCAUGAUCCAUCCGCGGCGCCAAAUCCAAAUCUAAAUAAAGUGAAGCAUGUCUUCCCUUGGGAAGAUAAGCCUCGUUCAAAGCCUGGGCGUGUGUUCCCUGCUUCAGACGCUCCCCCUGCAGAACUGUUUACAAGUUCGAUGGUAGCUGAGGAACCUGAGAGGCCUCCGAGCCCUGAACCGGUAAAAGAGGUCUUUUCUCCACCUUCCAAGCCCAAUCCUCCCCCUCCUAAAGGACUUCCAGCUACUUUAUCAUAUGCUAAUGCUUGGGAUACAGUGCCGAGUAUACAGCGAUACGCUUCCCGACUUGUGCGUCCGCCACCUGCGCAACCCCCGCCCAUACCUUUCGAUAGCGAAGAUUAUCGGCAUUACCGGCGAGGGAAAAAGAGCUGGGAUGAGCGAACCGAUGCUAGUAGCCGAGAUGGAGACGAUGAAGACAAUACCGACUCGGACGAUGACGAACCAGUGGUCAGCCGACUCGCCGAUAGUGACAAUGAAACUUCCGUAUCGGGCUCGUCUAGCCGCACGAGAUCGAGGAGAGGUUCGUCGGCGAGUUAUGGUGUGAAAUCCAAAAAGAAAGAAUACCGAGUACGUGGCGUUCAGACUAUUUCUCCAGAAAUGCGGGAGCAGGCCGUUCAAGUUUCUAUUCUUGUUGAAUCGCCAAAGGUAUCGAAUGCACCAAAACUAUUGCAAGAUCAGAAAAUUGGAAGCCCGAGAAGAAGCUCUCUAACACUCCAAACGGGUAACUCGAGACGACCCCAAUGGACAACAUCAUCAGUUCCAAGCGCACUACCGCCGAUAGUUAGUGUUGGUAGAGGGGGCUCACCAGAAUCUAGGGUCAACCCAACAGGUACCGGUAUAGGAUUAGGCGGGAAUGACGCACCCAACUCACGUACUUCUCCGACUCUAGAUCCUCUUUCUCCUCGCGAGUUUGGAUUUAAGGAAUCACCCACAGCUGUGCGACCGCCAGCCAGAAGCAGUUCGUCUUCUACUAUAACGCCUUCUAAUGCCAACGUGGUCGCCACGGCGGGUGUGAACCAACGUUCUUUCGGAUCUCCGCAAGGCCCCAGUGCUCCGCCGUUGGGUCCUUUGCGUAAUACAUCAAACGACUCGACGAUCACUUCCCCUCCUUCGUCUGCUGGUCCUGUAUCGCCUCACGAAGGACAGCCUAUCGCCUCAGUAGCGUCUUCCAGAAAAGCUGGGCGAGUGUUUGACCCUGCAAGAGGCGUCGAGUUGUUCAAACGUGGAUCGGAGGAAGUUUUGGCUAGGUUUCUAAAAAUGAGCUCAUGGGAGGAAGAGUCCUCUCCUCAGCGGUGA